AUGCGCGCGCUCCUCGCCGUGACGCUGCUGCUUCACGCGGCCGUUCACGGACUGCACGUGUUCGACCAGCCGGGUCUUUUCAGCCAGCGGAGCCAGUGCAAGCCCAUCCCGCCCUCGCUGCACCUGUGCUACGAAUUCGAGUACGCAGACAUGCGCCUGCCCAACCUGCUGGGUCACGAAGCCAUGAACGAGGUGCUGCAGCAGGCCGCCUCGUGGGUGCCGCUCGUGCAGAAGCGCUGCCACCCGGACACGCGCAAGUUCCUCUGCUCGCUCUUCGCGCCUGUGUGCCUGCAGGACGUAGACGAGCCUAUCCGGCCGUGCCGCUCGCUCUGCGAAGACGUGCGCCGCGGCUGCGCCCCCGUCAUGGCCGCCUUCGGCUUCCCGUGGCCGGAGAUGCUGCGCUGCGCGCGCUUCCCGCCCGACGACGACCUGUGCAUCCCCGCGGGGGAGAGCGGAGAGCACGUGACCAACGUGACCGUGACAGUGCCAAAAGUUUGUGAUGCCUGCAGAGAGAAGACAGAGGAUGACAAUGAAAUUGUGGACAGCCUUUGCAAGAAUGAUUUUGCUCUGAAGAUCAAGGUCAAGGAGAUCACCUACUUCAAUGGCGACACGAAGAUCAUCCCAGAGACCAAGAGUAAGACUAUAUACAAGCUGAGCGGAGUCACCGAGCGAGACCUGAGGAAGACAGCGCUGUUGCUCAAAGAUGGAAUGCAGUGCGUGUGCGAAGAGAUGAACGACCUCAACGCUGCUUACCUGGUGAUGGGCCAGAAGCAGGAUGGAAACCUGGUCAUCACGUCGCUGAAGCGCUGGCAGAAGGGUCAGCGUGAGUUCAAGCGGAUCUCCCGCAGCAUACGCAAGUUGCAGUGCUAAGGAUGGGCGCCUGCAGUCCAUCUGGACAGCUGGCGGCCAGAGACGUCCAGCAACUUUCAUAGAUAUCUCCAAAGUUGACCCCACAAACUUCAGUGCUUUUCCACAGUGCUAUGUACCACCAUAGAACCUAACUAAUAAAGCAUGGGUCUUAUUUUAGAAACACAAAUUAAGGUUGAGUGUGGGCUGCACAGGGUUUUUCAACUAAGGCACAUUUUAAAGCCAUGCGUCAUUUUUCUGGGCACAAAGAGGGGAAUCAGAUCGAUGCUUAGUUUGUGCCCAG